CAUGCCCCGAUGCAUUUAGACCUCGGGGCUGGUGCUAAAAGGGGCCUACUGUUACGAAGUUGCUGGUGGCGCCUGUCGCGUUCAAAAGUGGCCUCUGACAUGCGUAGCUUUCUACAGCUUUGCUGUGCCUCAGUGCCUGAUGGGGUGCUGGGAUUCUGGCCAGCAAAGCUGAUUUACACAUGCCGGAAAAGGUGUCAGCGGUGCUCUCAUCCCUGAGAUGUUGGCAUGCUCAUGGGUGCCAUGUGAAUUUGUGCUUUCAGCGGCCCAUGACAGCCUAGACUGGAGGGAAGGGCAGAUUUUUACAGAUUUGUAUAGCUUUGAGUCAUGGCGCCGCCGGAGGGCAAAGUGGUUGGCGUCAUGGGUGGCUCAUUCAACCCAAUUCAUUUGGGCCACGCUUUGCUCGCCAUCACUGUGCGAGAGACCAAACCUGUGGAUGAAGUGGUACUUGUACCUGUGUUCAAGCACCCCGUGAAGAAGGACUUGCUUCCCUUUGAAGAUAGGGCCGCCAUGUGCGAGCUCGCGGUAUCUGCAAGUGGCAUAGGCGUCAGUGCCGUGGAAAAAGAGACAGGCGAAUCAAACGCAGUUAUGCUGCGGGCAUUACGGGACAAAUAUCCGAAGGGCAGCCGGCUGCUAUGGGUGUGCGGGGAUGACGUGUUUGAUUGGAUCUCCAACGAGAAAGGUCAAGCCAUGCUUGCCGAGCUGGAUGGCCUUAUUGUUCAGCGCAGACUUCACAAGGCUCCAGACAAUCAAGCUGAUCGCUUCUACAAAGCGCCAGUUGACAGUGACAAGGUCAGGGCCCUGGUUGCCGAGCACCAGGUGCAUGUGGACUUCAUUUAUGGCGAGCUGCCGCACUACUCUUCCACCCUGGUUCGGAAUUCACCCGCAAGUUGGCGAGCAUUUCUACCCCAAAAGGUAGCCGCUUAUUUGGACGAGCGCCCCGCUCUUCUAGCCCAGCUCGUUCGCAGCGGGGACGCUCCUGCAACACGCUUGUCACCACCUCCUUCUCCUCUAGGCGUCUUCAUGGACCAACUCGAAGACGACCUGGAACUCCAAGAUGAGUUAGACUUACUGAAGGAUGAGGAUGAGGAAGAUGAAGAGAACCAUACUAGACCAAGCGCUUUGGAGCUGGAGGUGUUGGAGGAGACCAGCACGUCCACUGCUUCGACGCAAAACGAGAAGCUGCAGAGCGGGGGCGAUUCGCGCCGGCACCUUGGCACUCGUGCCCCAUCAAGGAGCCCGAGGGUCAAGAGGACAGCGCGGUCGGUUUCCCGGCCGCCCUCCAAGCAGCGCAUGCGCGAGGCAGCAACAUCAUGUGUGAUGCGAUGCUUGGCAACUGUUCAUGCGCUACAACGGGAACGAGGGCACUCAGCACUGGCAUUGGCAUUGAAGGGUUCUGAAGGCGAGCGGGCCGGCAAAGGAUUGCGCGAUGCACGCGCUGCCACAGACAAGCUGCUGAAGAGCGAUGAUGAGGCGGAUCACCUCCUCCGCGUGCUGGGGCUGGACGCCGGCGCUGCCGGAGCCAUGGCCGAGGAGCUGAAGCACACGCCGCUGUGGCUCAGCUAUGACCGUGCAUUGCUUGAUUGCCACAUUGAAGAAGAGGUCGCUCAGCUCGAAUCAGCGAAUGCUGGCACUGGCAUUGACGGGCCGCACCGCUGGAUGCGCCGAGCAUCCUUGCUGGACAAAUUCAACGUCAGGGUUGAUGUCCUGAUUGAUGCAUGUAUGCAUGCACUGGGCGAGCUCUUGGCAUCCUCUUCGGAGGGUGGGCACUUUCAGGUGUGGAGCAAUGCCUACGAUGGGCCUGUUGACAGCGCAAUUUGGCAAGAUGGCCACCAGACGAGAGGUGAGUGGCUGAUGUCACUUUUCAGUCAGUAUGCUGACUGCAAGGAAGCCCUUGGCCGUUUGCGCGCUUUUGUUUGUGCCGGUGGCCAGCAUGCUCCAGAGCUGGUGAGGAGCUCGUUUCGCACGCGUAGGCGUUUGAACGAAGUAAUCGAGCACAAGGAUCGAAUGCUUCGCCGAGUCUUAUGUACUGAGCAGGCCGGGCCCACCAGUGCGGAGCAUCCCGGUGCCCUCACAGCCGCAGCGCUGCACAAGAUGCUGGCUGCGGUGACCCAGCUGGAGCGAGAACUUAUGGGAUGCUUUGCUCGGAGCACACCUUUGGAAGUCAUGCACGAGGCCUUGAAAGCCGGCAACGACAGGGGCAAGUUCGAUGUGCAAGUGUGGUUCCGCACGCUUUCCUCAGCCAUCGACCUGAUGGUGAACCUGGACCAAGCUUUGGCUGCGUUCAUUUGCACAAAUUCCGAGCACGACUAGAUGCCUGCUGCUAUAUGUCCGGGGCUCCCAGGUGACACCUUUGCAAUGUCUCUCCCCCAGCAUGCACGGCGAAGCAUGAUCAUGCUGCCAGCCACAACCAACAUGAUCAAGCAACGCCUCUUGGUCCUCCUCCUCCUCCUCCUCCUCCUCCUCCUCCUCCUCCUCCUCCCCCUUGUAAAGUGCACCCUCGAACACAAGC